AUGCCUUUUGCGGAUAAUUUAGAAAUAUGUGGAUUAACAAAACAAAUCAACUGGUUUUCUAAACCAGAAUACUCGCAAGAAACAUCAAGCUUCAAAUUCCUCUUAUUAGAUUGUCAUCAUAUUCUCACUAAUGCUCGAAUAAAAUGUUGUAAGACUGGCAUUCCCGAGGCUGGAAUACAUAGACAGGCAUGGAUGAAGUUGACAACAAGCGAACAUGGCAAUAUUUUGAGUAAAGCUUUAGUGGAGGACCUUGUAGAUUGUCAAUCUAAUAGUUUCGCACAGCAGACUUUUUCUCUGAAAGUUGAGGAUGCGAUGAGAUUAAACGGCGAUAACAACGAAGCAAUAUUUUGUCGCUUGAUAAGAGAAUGGUAUACAGCAGAGGAUGAUCCGGGCAUUGACGUUCAUGAAAGAUGUAAGCGGAGACUAGCUCUUAGACAAUGGCUGUUGAAGGACGUUAGUUUGAAUAAGUUUCCUCCGCCAGGUGCGUUCAUUAAAGGUAUACCAAUAGUUAUGUAUGAAGGGUUGUUGACAAAUAUAGACAGGAGACUUCAGUUAUUUCCGUUUGUUAAAACUGGAAUGUAUAACGUUAGGUCACUUGGGACUCUGGAGGCAGAAAAUCUAUUUGGGGCUUUUCAAGACCUUGAUCCAAAAGGUAGUGGUGUAAUUAGACCAGACGACAUUCCGUCAGCAUUGAGUACUUCGUGUGAAAUGUUAUGCUACAGAUUCAACAAAAACAGAGGAUUUCAUCUCCAAACAAGCAGAGCAAGAGUGUACCCUUUCCAUGAACUAAUGGAAUUGCAAAGUAUAACACCGUCAGCAGAAACCUUCAGGAUCCCGUCUAGUGUCAAAACUUUACAACCAAGAAAUCACCCAUUUGAUAAACCUGAGAGGUCAAAGUUAACGGGGACACGACGACGAGUGAAAUCUUGCAUCAGUGAUCCAUCGAUGCCAGCCAGAGGAAUACGACCUAUUCGCCAAUACCAUCGGUUAGAUGAAUCAAAAAUACUUCCUCAUGUUCGCAAAGGACUUGAAUUCAGUGACGAAUCAGAGGAUAUUUAAUUUUAGAUCCCUCUUCUGUUAUAAUUUUUACGUUUUGUAUUGAAUGAAGUGGUUCGAUCUUUUUUUAUAGUAAUUAUAAAAUCCAACACAACAG